CUCAUUGUCAAUACUUGCUUUUUGGCUCAAACUGUGGCCGAACUCACCCUGCCCAAGGAUGAUUGGAGGUCGGAGGGAAUACAGACAAGCAGCUGGAGUAAAACAUCUUUAAGUCAGCAAGUGGUGACACAGUGGUGUCUCUGAGUUGUGGACUGCAGUCAGGAAUACCUAAAAUACCUCGUUAAGCUCCUUAUGACGCUUUGAAGAGAGCAGUUGCCAGUCUUGUCCUUCCUCUUUGCUCCAGAUUUCCUUUGAAGAGGGCCCACACUGAUCCCUGAUCCCUGACCUCUGAGCCUCUCAGACCCCUGUGGACUGGAUGUGAGGACUAUGACUUGACAGGACAACCGACUGUAUGAGCAACUGACAAUGCCACCCACUGGUUUAUAUCAGCGCCAAUUUGUCCUUUACAGCCAGGAACUCACAAAUAUGAGCAGCAAGGUGAAACCGACAAAAGGCAAGGGAAACCUGAUUGGACUAGACUAUUUGGGAAGAACCGUCCACUGAAGGUUCACACACCACUAAACAUUCUCUGAAGCAGACCCUAACUUUUUUUAACCCGACAGAUGUUCUGGUGCCUUCAACUUUACAUGUUAAUGUCGAAUUUCUGGCAGAGAACCCAAGGUUUCCAAAGAAACAAAAUAUGUCAGGCCAAGUUUUUGGGGAAAUGUGACAGCUAUUCAUCCUCUACAGCUAUUUCCAUCUGAUGGAAAUGUGAAGCCUUAAAAAACAUGGAGUCUUGGAUUUGAAUAUUUCACUCAAACACACUUUAGCUUCAGUGCUAUAAGAGCUGGAACAAGCAACUAGUAGACAAAUUUAAGGGGAUAAUCAGAAAUUAGGGGGGGUUGGUAUCUUAUUAAUUGACCAAUAAUUCGCCAAUAUUACCACAAACAGACACAGUAAAAAAUAAAUUAGCUGCUGGGAUCAUGUCAUGUAGAAAAUAACUAUUUAGACUUUUUAUUUCUAUAGAGAAUUUAACAUCUUUGACACCGGAGAGGUUUUUUUAUAAAGCACCUAGUGGUUGUAAGUGGUACUGCACCUUAAGGCACUCCAGUUUUUUGACCAUGUUUGCAAGCGCUUGGACGUGAUACACAUAAAAACCAUAGGACCGACAUGGCAGUCGGUAAGGUUACCUUCACCAAGGCGGAGAGAGAGAAGCUUGCCGAGGUCCUCUGGCUGCUCAACUGGAUCUCUGUAGUCACGGGAGCUAUCCUCUUUGGCCUGGGCUUAUUCCUCAAAAUUGAGAUUCAGAAAUGGCAGGAAGUGAUGUCAGACCAGGGGAUCCUCUAUGUGCCACAUAUGUUGAUCACCACGGGCCUGGCGGCCUGCUGCAUCAACUUCCUGGGCGGGAAGAUCUGCCUGGACUGUGCUGACACCAGCAAGUUCCUGCGCUGGAAGCUGGUGAUGAUGCCGUAUGUCAUUUGCACCUUCUUCUUUACCUCCUGUGUCCUGGCGGGGGCGCUGAUGUGCUACAGCAUCCGCAGUCAGCUGGAGGAGUCUCUGUUCCUGGGCCUGCGGAACGCCAUGCGGUACUACAAGGACACAGACACACCGGGCCGCUGCUUCCUAAAGAGAACUUUGGACCUGCUGCAGAUCCAGUUGCACUGCUGCGGGAACACUGGCUACCGUGACUGGUUCCAGGUCCAGUGGAUCAGCAACCGUUACCUGGACAUGACCAGCAGCGUGGUGGUAGACCGUCUGAGGAGUAAUGUGGAGGGGAAGUACCUGAUAGACAGCGUUCCCUUCAGCUGCUGCAGCACCCUCUCCCCUCGGCCCUGCAUCCAGCAGCAGGUCAGCAACAGCUCGGCCCACUUUAACUACGACCGACAGAGCCAGCAGCUGAACCUGUGGAGGAGAGGCUGCCGCCAGGCCCUGCUGGACCACUACACCAGUAUCAUGCAGUCCAUUGGCCUCACUGUGCUCCUCAUCUGGCUGUUUGAGUUGUUGGUUCUGACUGGAGUCCGUUACCUGCAGACGGCCAUGGAGAAUGUUCUUCGGUUAGGUGAUCUGGACUCAGAGUCGGACGGUUGGAUUCUGGAGAACAGCUUGGCAGAAACGGCCCGCUCCAACUUUAAUAUCAUUAAGAACCUGGGUAAGUGUUACCAGAUCGACGAUGACCCGAAUAUCAACGUCCCUACUGCCGCUGCUGAGCAGGAAGUGCCAACCCAGCAGGUCCAGAAUCCUAUGAACAGCUAGCAUCCAGCCUGAGGAGUCGUUGACCUCUGAAGCCCCAGGAUGAUCUGGAACACCUUGGGUUCAAAACCUCCAAGGCCUCAAUUACUGCUCUCUUGAUGCGUCCUUAACUCAGGCCAUGCAAUCACAUCCGGCCCUAAGAUGCACUGCUCCGAGGUCACCCAGACCUCAGAAAUAAAUUUUCAUCCUGAGGAGCCAAAGAAAAGCUUGAUCAGUGCCGUCCUGAUGUAAAGUUAGGGAAAAUGUUAAAAGUCCAGCUGCUGCGGUCUCAACGUCAGCAUCGACUUCUGCCUUCAGAUGGAUCUUAUGAGUUUGUGUUUUUGACCUGUAGGGUAAGUAAAGUACAGGAGUACCUCAACCCUCAGGUGGUUAAAUUCUACAGAACACUGUUACUGAGAACCUGACAGUGAGACAGUGUACAUUUUAUUUUUAAAAUGCUGAAUGAUAUGGUGUUUUCUGUUCUUCAUCACCAUUCUGAGGAAUGACAACACCACAGAUCAACUUUUACAAGGUUGGCUUAAAACAUCAGCGUACAACACAACUUUCGAAUGAACUAAUAUUUAAACUUACAA